GCUGCAGCCGGUGCCGCUGCCACUCCCGGGAGCAUGAAGGACCGAACACAGGAGCUCCGCACGGCCAAGGACAGCGAUGAUGAUGAUGAUGUCACUGUCACCGUGGACCGAGACCGCUUCAUGGAUGAGUUCUUCGAGCAGGUGGAGGAGAUCCGCGGCUUCAUUGACAAGAUCUCAGAGAACGUGGAGGAGGUGAAGCGGAAGCACAGCGCCAUCCUGGCCUCCCCCAACCCUGAUGAGAAAACCAAGGAAGAGCUGGAGGAACUCAUGUCUGACAUAAAGAAGACAGCAAACAAAGUUCGCUCCAAAUUGAAGAGCAUCGAGCAGAGCAUCGAGCAGGAGGAAGGCCUGAGCCGCUCAUCCGCUGACCUGAGGAUCCGAAAGACACAGCACUCCACACUGUCCCGGAAGUUUGUGGAGGUGAUGUCCGAGUACAACGCCACGCAGACUGACUACCGCGAGCGCUGCAAGGGCCGCAUCCAGAGGCAGCUGGAGAUCACCGGCCGGACCACGACCAGCGAGGAGCUGGAGGACAUGCUGGAGAGUGGGAACCCCGCCAUCUUUGCCUCUGGGAUCAUCAUGGACUCCAGCAUCUCAAAGCAGGCCCUGAGCGAGAUUGAGACGCGCCACAGUGAGAUCAUCAAGCUGGAGAACAGCAUCCGGGAGCUGCACGACAUGUUCAUGGACAUGGCCAUGCUUGUGGAGAGCCAGGGAGAGAUGAUUGACAGGAUUGAGUACAACGUGGAACAUUCAGUGGACUACGUGGAGAGGGCUGUGUCUGACACCAAGAAGGCCGUCAAGUACCAGAGCAAGGCUCGCCGGAAGAAGAUCAUGAUCAUCAUCUGCUGUGUGGUCCUGGGCAUCGUCAUUGCCUCCACCUUCGGAGGCAUCUUCGGGUAGAAACCACCCCACCCGCCACUCCGCUCUGGAUGGCCCACCCCCAGGAGGCCCCCUGGCUGCUGCCACCUUCUGGCUCGAGCCCUCUCCUCCCCACCCCAUACUGCUCCUUUCUCUGCACAGGGCCCCCCAUUCCCACCCUGCCCUGAGCCGUCGUGUGCAUGAUCUUUGUGACAGUGUGCGUCUGUACAGAGGAGGCAGAGGGGAGCCAGGCUGGGAAACAGCCAGCCGGGUGGGGAUGGGCCAGCAAGGGACAGACUCAGGCCCUGGCCCAGGCCACUCCCCUUCUAGGCAGGGCCGCCUGGGGUAGUUAGCCAUGCUCCCCUCCCCCGGCCUUCAGUAAUUCCACUCCAGCCUGGGGUCUGCCCUCUCCUGGGAUCAAGGCUCUCUGGACCCCAACCUUGCCUCCUACUGACCAGCCCAUCUGCCCCAUCCUGUGUCCUCUCCAGCUGUCCCCAUAAGCCAAGCCCCCUGAGGGCUGGGGACCAGCUGGCCACAUGGUGCUGCUUUUCAGGUUAGGGGAAGGGUGGCCUUGAGAGACAGCCCAGCUCUAAGCUUCUAACAGCCACUCACUGCCAGGGAGGCUCAGGGUGCCGUGGCCGGGUAUGGGGCCAGGUAUGGCUUCUGGCCGUGUCAAGACCAGGCUUCCUCCCCUGCCUCGGGGCAGAGUCCAACAGGUCUUCAGCUGCCUCAGCCUCCCUUCCCACAUUCCUACAGCCCCAGGAGCAACCCCUUUGGGCUACGCCUAACCCCAGGUAACAUUCUGGAAGAGGCUGACUGGUGCCUCGUCUCCAGCCGCCCUCGGAGCUAGGGAGGCAGAGCAGGCCCCGGUCAGGCCUCUGCACUGGUGAAGCCCACGGCCCGGGCCAGCCACUCUCCCCGGCAGGCCCUAGUCGGGUCCUCAAGCCAUUGUGUGUUGCAUGUUUGGGACAGUGGUCCCUGCUCUCUUGUGCUCGGGAAGUCAGCGUCCCUUCAGGCACCCGCAAUCUCGUCCUGCCCUUGCUGCCCACCACUGACAUGCCAUGUGGGUGUCAGGUGUCUGGGAUGCAGUAUUCAGCAGCCAGCCAGGGAGGGGCACCUCCCUCCUCCCCACUGUCUCGGGACUUCUCAAGUCUGAGAUGUGCCCCCACCCAAAACCCGUCGCCCGUUGACAGGCAAGGAGCGUGCAUGCGAGCGCAUGCAGCAGGGGCCGGGGCCAAGUCUGGGCCCCGCCUUCCCUCGGCUUUGCUCCUGCCCAGUGACUGUGACCGCUGUCCGUGUUGCCUUCUUGAACAGCGACUCCCCUCCCCCUCCUCCACCCCUUCACCAAAGGUCUUGGUACAACCAGCUGCCCAUUUUGUGAAAUUUUUAUGUAGAAUAAACAUUUG